UCUCCCGUUACUCCUCACUCACACCAGAAGAUGAACAAUUAAAACUUUCCUCUUCCAUUAGUUUCCAAAAGAGAGAUUCUUUGAUGGGUUCACUUCAAUUCAAAACCACUGAGAAAUAACCUUAACCCUCCACCUAAAAUGGGAGAAGAUUCAGUGGAGGAAUCAACAAGAGUCAGCAUCAAGAGAGCAAUCGAAUCGAUAUCUUCUUUAAUCUCACUCUCUCACUCUAUCAAAUCCUUCGCCGUGAAAUGGCAAUUGAUACGAAACAAGCUCGAAGACCUCUACUCUGGGAUCACCUCCCUCGAGAAUCUCAAUUCCGACUUCGACCCAUCUCUCUCCGCCCUGAUUAACGCCAUUCUAGGUUCUCUCGAAGAGUGCCACGGUCUCGCGUCGCGAUGCUUGGAUGUAUCGUUCACUGGGAAGCUCCUGAUGCAGAGCGAUUUGGAUUUCAUGUCUGGGAAAUUCGAACGCCAUGUGAAGGACCUUUCUUUGAUUUACUCUGCUGGGAUUCUCAGUCAUGGGUUCGCGAUCGUUGUCUCGAAGCCUAGCGGUAAAGCCUGUAGAGAUGAUAUGAGGUUUUACAUUAGGGAUUUGUUGACAAGGAUGAAGAUUGGGGAUGUGGAGAUGAAGAAGCAAGCUUUGAUUAGGUUGAAUGAAUCUAUGGUUGAAGAUGAUAGAUAUAUGAAGAUCGUUAUGGAAAUAAGCGAGAUGGUUUGUGUUUUGAUUGAGUUUUUGGAUUCUGAGAUGGGGAUUCAAGAGGAAGCUUCGAAAGCUUUGUUUUUUAUCUCUGGGUUUGGUUCCUAUAAACCUCUUUUGAUCAGAUCUUGUGUGGUUGGUCCUCUGGUUAGGGUUCUUGAAAACGGUAACGUUGUUGGUAGAGAAGCGUCUGCAAGGUGUUUGAUGAACUUAACUGAGAAUUCAGAGAAUGCUUGGUCUGUCUCUGCUCAUGGAGGAGUGGCUGCUCUGUUGAAGAUUUGUUCUUGCGGUGAGUUUGGUGGCGAGUUGAUCGCUAGCUCGUGUGGAGUGUUGAGAAAUCUAGUUGGCGUUGAAGAGAUCAAGAGGUAUAUGAUUGAGGAAGACAUGGUUUCUACUUUCAUCAAGCUUAUAGGAUCUAAAGAUGAGAUUGUUCAGGUAAACUCUAUUGAUCUUUUGUCAACUAUGUGUUCUACUGAUGAAGAAAGCCGUGAGAUCUUGGUUAGAGAAGGAGGAAUCCAAGAGCUUGUGCUUGUAUCAGACCCCAAUUCAUUGUCAUCUUCGAAAUCUAAAGAAAUGGCAUUGAGGGCAAUUCAUAACUUGUGUUUUGGGUCAGUAAGUUACUUGAAUGCAUUGUUGAGUGGUAGCCGUUUCUUAGAUCAUUUGCUGUAUUUGCUGAGAAACGGCGAGACUUCUGUUCAAGAAUCCGCGUUAAAGGUUACAUCCAAGCUAUGUAGUUUGCCAGCGGAGGUUAAGAGGAUAAUGGGCAAUGCGGGUUUUAUACCCGAGCUAGUUAGGUUCCUCGAUGCAAAAUCUUUAUAUGUCCGGGAAAUGGCAAGCGAUGCACUCUAUUGCUUGUUCUCAGUACCAAAGAACAGGAAGAAGUUCUUGCAGGAAGACUGUAACAUCAGCUACAUUCUUCAGUUGCUAGAUCAAGAAGAGAGGGGGAAUGAGAGAAGUGAUUUGGGUAACACGAAGUUCUUGAUUUUGAUAUUAAUGUCGUUAACGAGCUGCAACAGUGCGAGAAGAAAGAUUUCGGCUUCUGGGUACAUGAAACUCAUAGAGAAACUAGCAGAAAGAGAAGAUACAGAUGCUAAGAAACUUGUGAAGAAGCUAUCUAGGAACAGAUUCCACAACAUACUUGGUGGUAUUUGGCAUUCCUAAAAGAAAAACUUUUUUUUUUUUUUUUUUUACUUGUGAAUGUUUUGAGUGUAUAUUUACAGAAAGUGUUUAUUGUCUCUAAAUCGCAGUUCCAUGUGAUCUCCAAAA